CGUCAAUCCCUCCCUAGACUGCAAGAUUACCAAUUUACUGCCUGGCGCCAUUUUAAGAUAGAACAGUUGUUUGUCAGCGGAUACAUGUUGUGAGAAAUUACGAAGUUAUACAGUUACUAAAACAUUCAUUCUAAAGAAUUGCAUCAUAUCGACACAUUGAGGGUCGAUCUGUGUCUUUACUCGUGGCGUUUUUUUAAAUGUAUUAUUAACGUUAUAUUAGGCUGAUCCUACGCGAGAUUGAAUUCAGACCUGAGGUGAAAGAUGACUCAGUUUCUACCGCCAAACCUUUUGGCACUGUUUGCCCCCCGGGACCCCAUACCGUAUUUGCCUCAGCUGGAGAAACUGCCCCAUGAGAAACAUCACAAUCAACCAUAUUGCGGCAUUGCCCCUUUCAUCAGACAAUUUGAGGAUCCCAGAGAUGCACCUCCACCCACAAGAGCUGAGACCAGGGAAGAGAGACUGGAACGAAAGAGACGAGAGAAGAUCGAAAGGAGACAAGCCGUCGUGGAGACUGAACUCAAGCUGUGGGAUCCCCACAAUGACCCAAAUGCUCAGGGAGAUGCCUUCAAGACUUUGUUUGUGGCACGAGUGAACUAUGAUACCACUGAGUCCAAGCUUCGCCGUGAGUUUGAGGUCUAUGGACCAAUCAAAAGGAUCUACAUUGUUUACAAUAAGAGGACGGGCAAACCCAGGGGCUAUGCGUUCAUAGAGUACGAGCAUGAGAGGGACAUGCAUUCGGCCUACAAGCACGCUGACGGAAAGAAGAUUGAUGGGCGGCGGGUUUUGGUGGAUGUUGAGAGGGGGCGCACAGUCAAAGGCUGGCAGCCCCGCAGGCUGGGAGGGGGAUUGGGUGGUACAAGGAGAGGAGGUGCUGAUGUCAACAUCAAGCACUCUGGUAGGGAUGACACAUCUCGCUAUGAUGAGAGACCUAUCGGCGGGGACCGGGAUCGAGACAGGGGUGGCGAACGUCGUGCUGACCGGAGCCGGGAAAGGGAGCGAGAGAAGGACCGAGGGGAGAGGCGGCGGUCGAGAUCCAGAGAGAGACGCAGGCGCAGCACACGCUCAAGGGAGCGGGCCGACCGCGGAGCCGUGGUGGCAGGCCCCGGGGUGGGGGCCAUCGGGGAUGAAAACACCGGAGGCAGCAGGCGGCGAGACAGGGACAGAGAAAGGGGGUUAGGAGGGGACAGCAGGAGCAGGGAGAGAAGCAGGGAUAGGGAAAGAAAGAGGAGGAGUAGGAGCAGGGACAGGAAGCGGGACAGGGAACGAGGGAAGGGAGGAGGAGAGGAAGGAGGGGAAGGCGGUAUGGGGUUAGGCGACGUCAUGGGUGACGGAGGAGAGAGGAUGUUGGAAGAUUCCAACUCUGCUGAAUUGGGCAACCCUGGGCGUGAUGAGGGAAACGUGGAAGGAGAUGACAGAGGAAGGGAGCGUGGGGAGAGGGAUAGGGACAGAGACCGAGACAGAGACAGGGACAGGAGGCGCAGUCACAGGGACAAAGACAGGGACCGGGACAGAGAGAGGCGGAGGGGGGACAGAGACCGGGACAGGGACAGAGAGCACAAGAGAGACAGGGGCGACCGAGAGAGAGGCGGAGAAAGGAGGGAUGAUCGACAGCUGGCCCCGCCCUCCUCUCUGCUCCCUCCUUCUCUGGUCCAGGAUGGAGGCAGUAACAGUGAGGACAUGCCAAUGCCAGAGGAGGGCAGUCAGGAUGGGAUGAUGGACCAGGAGUCAGUGCAGUCUGGAGAGGGUUACAUCUCAAAUGAGAACGGUUACAAGAUGGAGCCACAGGUCGAAGAGUACUAAGGGUAUUGAUGUUCAUUCUGUACUGUACAAUGGCUGGCUUACUCAAAACUCUAGUCUUCAUUCAAAUAGUGAAACUCAAGAAAAGCAGUCUUAUUUAGAUUCUUGUAUAAUCGCCUUGAUUCCUGGCCCACCCUUGGGUGGACACCCAGAUAUAAUUGACACGUCGUUAUUUCCAAGUUCCCAGUUGCUUAAAAUGUAUUGUUUUUCUUUCAAUGGUGAGUUAGUGUUGAAAUAUUUAUCAAUGUAUAGCCAGGUGGUUUUCAAAUUGGGAAUAGUACAGUUAUUCACAGCUCAAGGGUGUUAUUUAGUUGACUCGUAUGGCCAAUCAAGAAACAAGAAUAGCUCUUCAACCUAAAUCCUUUUUUUUUUUUUUUUUUUUUGUCACCUGAGUAGGUCUCCUGGAGAAAGCAUAUGGUAAAGGUGUGUAGUAGUGCUCUGUGAUCUAACAUUUUGCCAAUGUUCAGAAUUCAAACUUCUACAUUAUGACUUGAUAUGUAUGAUUUAUUUUAAGGUAUUGCCUAAUGUAUAGCCUGAAAAGGCUGUUUACAUUACAUGUAUUUACUGUUGAAUGUGCUUCGCAUGAUGUGUAUGCGGAUCUGUUCUUAUGUCAUUUUCUACAAUCACCUUGGUGUGGUAAAUGUCACUGGAGCAAUGGUAACUUAAUAGCCGCAGUGUGAAUUUAGGUUCGUUUUCAACUUGUUCCUUGGAACAUACGAGGGCACUGUAUGUCCACAUUAUGUUAUCUUUGUCUGUUUUUGUUGGUGACAUAUGUCAUUGAAUACAACACAAACCUUUUCAGUUUAAUGUCUGGAUGUGUAUGGUUUAUAUGUGACCAAAUUGAACAGAAUUGAGUUGAACAGAAUUUUGUUUCUUUACCCUAGAGUACCAUUUUUGUUAAUUUGAAGUUAAUUUUACAGAGGAAUUGACUGCAUACCAAUGUAGAUAAAGUAUCAAACACCAAGAAGUGGAUGGGAUACUAUAACAUGUAAGUAUGUGUGUUGUUUAUUGCUAUUACUAUUAUUUCAUUCUGUAGGUACAAAACUAAGAGCAGGGUUCAGAAGCAAACUCUCAGCUCAUGCCUGUUAAGGAUAACUGGGUUUGUUCAUUUUUGCGAAGGGGCAAUAUUGCUUCUGCUAACAUUUCCUGCUGGAAAUUACUUCAUUUUUUAUUUUAUUUUUUUCUAUAGCCUUCAGCCCAGUUUAGGAUGUGGACAUGAGGAGAGCAUGCUAUGUCUCAGAGUUGCAAUAUUUGGUUAUAGGCCUACUGUAUGUCACGUCCACUUUUUCUUUAUAGCCUAAUAAAUGCAUUUUUUAUUCAUA